AUGGUCGAUGCAACCCACCUGCUGCACACCAGCGUGUUCAACACGAUGCCAGAUCCUGCUGCGCCGUCUCAAUGUGUGCCUUCACUUCAGGACCCUGUCGCGCUGAACGACGGGUCCGGGCGAGUCUGCCAAGAUCCUCCAAUUUGGAUUUUUGAUGGGCUCCUGUCUGAGAAGUUGCUGCAGCAGGUGGAUGCAAAGCUUGACGUCUUGCCCUGGCACUCCAUGAACGGAAGGUGCGUGCGCAUGGCGGAGUUGGCCGUGGAUGGUGCGCUGGAAGAGCUGCCGCAAAAGCUGCGCUCUGUCUGCCACAUUGAAGAUGUGGCAGAGUAUGGGCGAAUAUGGGUGAUGGAUGUGAUCGGACGUGACCAGGGUCCACACAUCGACGGCUGGGAGCUAGAGCAGGCAAAGCAGCAAAUGCACGGCGUGGACUUAUCCCGGUGCAGCGUGCAGGAGCACAAAGGCUUCAGCACGGUCAUCCCCACGUUGUCCUUCGUGGUCUACUUCAACGAUGUUGGUGGCAUUGCCUUUCCUGAGGCGGAGCUCUCCACGCCCGUGAUUCGGGCCAAGCGUGGCCGGAUCGUGAUGUUCCAGAAUUACGAUGACAGCAAGCGGCCUGCCCACAACCCCAAAGCAGUCCACUACGGCGUCUAUGCAGGCUCAGGGGACGACGUGCCCUUCAAGCGCGUGCUCACAGCCGGGGUCAUGGCAAGUGAGACACCGCCGCAGCUUCUGGGCAAUCAGAAGGCUGCUCCCUCCAUUCCCGGCUUCCUCUACGCCCCCAUCAUGCACAGGUCCAACACAUCUUGCGGCAGCAUCGACAGCGACUACUACUCCCCACCAGCCCCCCCUCCCAAGGAGAGGCCUCUGCUCCAGCUGCAGGCCCGGGGUGCAGACGAUGGCAAGAUCGUGGUGGAGGCUGUGAGCCUGGCCGGGGAGCCGAAGGCCAAGCUGCUGGCAGAGCCUUCCAUCACCGUGGGGCAGCUUACGAAGGAGCUGAGUUUGGAAGCCCGCCUGAUUGUGAAGGGCCACCUCCUGGAGAAGCAGCCCAACGACAAGCCUAUGGCCGAGCUCGGGCUCCUGGAAGGCGUUGCCUUGUCCUCGCCCGCGUCCGCGACCGGCGAGGACGGCGAGGAGGGCGAGAAGGACGAGGGAGCGUACCCGGCGUGGGAUGUCAUCGACACCGUGUUCGCCAAGGAUGCCGCUCCGAAAAAAGCCCCAAAGGGGCCAAGAAAGUGA